GGUUGAAAUCAUAUGAUCUAGAAAGAUUUGAGCUUGGGAUUUGUCGGAGUGAUUGGAUCAGUCUUGUGUCUUAGGAACGUGUGUCACUACCAAUUUGUUCGCCAUGCCCUUAGAAAUUCUAAGCGAGUAUCGGAGAUCGGGUUUCGAGGUUCUCAGCUUCAUCAGGAUUUUCCAUUGGUUGUGCAUAACCUUUCUGUCCAUUUUCACUUUGUUUGCCCUUCAUGGCUUGGAGACUCAGGGCGCUCCCAAGGACGACCUUUGGGCCAUGGGGAUUUUCUACUCGUCGGCAGCCUUCCUCGCCAUGACAUUGGUGGGUGCAUUUUGUGCGCCAUUGGUGUGGCUUUGGAGACGUAACAAGUACUUGGCAGCUCAGACACUUCCCCCGGGACCGAUUGGCUAUCCCAUUGUCGGCUCCCUGUUUCACGUGGACCCUCAAAAGCCGUUCGACUUCUUCCAAGCCUUGGCCCAAGAGCAUGGCAGAAUCUGUAAAGUGUACAUGGGUUCCAAGUUGUUCAUCAUUGUGACGGAUCCGGGGAUAUUGCGCAAACUCUUUGCCAAAACCGACUUCUGUGGCCGAGCCCCUUUGGAUAUUCCGUUCAAAAUGAUGGAAGGCUGCGGGCUGAUUGCGGCGGAGGGGGAACAUUGGAGCAUUCAACGGCAGUUCACAGCCAAGUUCAUGAAAGAAGUUGGAAUGCGAGGUGGGAACACCCAUGAUCGGAAGCAAAUGGAAGAGCGUCUCCUGAACACGGUCCGAUCUUUUGUCGACGAUCUCUGUGAGGGUGAAAGCAUUAGCUUAGACACCCCACUCCAGCAAACCAUUGGAAACAUGUUGAACGACAUCAUCUUUGGACAGCAGUACCCUCCCGAUGAUCCCAAAUGGCAAAGGAUUCAGUUCUUGCGCGAAAAUGGAGUCAAGCAACUGAAGAUGGCCCAAGCCUCGAAUCUGAUUCCAUUCUUGUCCUUGAUUUUCCGCGGAAAACUGAACGAAUUUGCUCAAGGCAUCAAGGAGACCCAUUCGGAGUACCAAAGAGUCAUCGACGUGCGCAAGAAGGACUUUGAUUCGGCGGGAGACUACCAUGGACCUAAAUGCCUCGUGGGCGAGUUUCUGAAGGCUAAACGAAAUGCGCAAAUGAAAGAUCCACAAAGCGCCGAAUCUCACUCCUUUAGUGACAAACAGCUUUGCUACUUGGCUGGGGACAUUUUCGGAGCGGGAAUCGACACCACUGUGAAUACUAUCCAAUGGUGCAUCUUGUACCUCUGUAAGCGACAAUUGAUUCAGCAGGAACUCUACAAUGAUAUCAAAACCCGUUGCGGAUCCAUCAUCACUCUCCAUGACAAACAUCAACUCGUCCAUCUACAGGCCUUUAUAUUUGAAGUGAUGAGAAUGAAACCGGCCGUGCCCAUGGGUGUGCCGCAUGGCACCACCCGAACGGUUGAUUUGGAAGGUUAUACCAUCCCCAAAGGAGCCACCAUCAUCCCCCUUCAAUGGGCCAUCAAUGGCGACGAAGAGUUUUGGGACGUUCCCACCGUGUUCGACCCCAAGCGGUUUUUAGUCUCGCCAGAAGAGUCUGAGAAAGAGUUGCGACCCAACCCCCACUUCAUUCCAUUUCAAGUGGGAAAACGACGUUGCGUGGGCGAGGAGUUCGGCUUGGACAUGAUCUUCUUGUUCUUGGCCAACUUUCUACAGCGAUUCCGUGUCCAACUCCCACGGGACGAUGACAACUACGACCUGAAUUGCUAUCCUGAUUUCGCAUUCACCCUCCAUCCAGUGCCCUAUCGAGUGGAGCUAACCGCUCGACGCGACUGAAUGAAUUAAUAAAUGACGAAGCUGA